UUGGUUGUUUAUUCUUGUAAAAAGCUCUGAAUAGGGGAUGGGGGACCAUAACGACCCAUCAACUACCCCUAUUUUCUCUACUUUUUUAAACUUGAUUUAACUAUACGAGUAUAAAAAAACUGCAGCAGCCAGCAGGUAAGUAAGAAUUUUUUGCAUAAAAUUUGGAAGGGAGGGAGGGCUUGACUAUAUUCAUAUUUUUAUUUCUACUUGGAUUAGUGCAACUUUAACUCUUACUUAUAAUUCUUUUAUGUUGGAGUUUAGUUUGGUGGUGAAGAGGCCAAAAGCAAACAUAUCUUGGUCUUUUUUUUUUGUUUGAAGAAAAUGAUUAGACCAUUAUCUUUUCUUUUUGUGGUUAUGUUUAAGAGGCAUCUCAGUCAAUCUUGGUAGUGCGUAUUGCCAGAAAAGAACUGAGAAGAUAAUUAAACACCAGGUUGAGGAUAAAAGAGAAGUGAAAAGGGAAAGGUACAAAGCAGAGUCUUUAUUGCUAUCAAAAAGGAUGGUGAUUGCAGGCAGUUAACAGUAAAAAUCUCUUUUUUCCACUCAUUUGAUUGCUCAAGUGAAUGGGCUAAAAAACAAAGUAUAUCACCUACCACUUCUUCUUUUAGCUACCGACUACUAUUCAUCUGUUGUUGGAGAGCAGCUAAUCUGCUUCGUUUCGUGGUGGGAUGAUUGGAAAAAGAUGUUUCAGCCUAGGCCCUGGUAUAUGAUGCAUUAUUUGUGCUAGAUUAAUUGAGAAAUUCUACCUAAUGAGCCACUAUUUGGAGAUGGAUUGGAAUGCUAAGUGGGAUUGGGAAAGCUAUGAUGCAUUUGGUCCAAAAACAACAGAAAAUCCUAAGAAGCUGCAACUAGUGGAUUGGACUAUUAUUGAUGAUAGGGAAAUUGAUGCUGGAUCCUUCAAUCUCUCAGCAGGAGCCUCUGGCUCUGAUGGUGGCCAUGUUUCUUCAGCAAAAAGCUCAAUAUCAGCUUCUGAUUCUUCCACAAAAGAUGGGCAAACCCCCCCAGACUUCAGGCUAAUGGCAUAUGAAGAUUUUUCUGGAAAUUUUAAGAUUACAGAACGUGAAGGAACUAAGAUUUCUGGAACUUCUCCACCUCUGGAAGCUUCCAUUGGCUCUGUAGAACCACUUAUUGGCCUCAAGCUUGGAAAGAGAACAUACUUUGAGAAUAGUGGUGCUGGAGGUCAUGUUAAGAGUGCAUCUUCCACUGGGCCUACUGCAUCCACCGCUUCAUUGAAGAAAACUAAAUUGCUGGGUGAUAAUCUCCCGAUGCCUCGCUGUGUAGUUGAGGGCUGCAAUUCCGACCUUUCAACAGGUAAAGAGUAUCACCGGAAGCAUAGGGUUUGUGAUAGCCAUUCUAAAGCCCCAAAGGUUGUUGUUGGUGGCCUUGAACGCCGGUUUUGCCAGCAGUGUAGCAGGUUUCAUAACAUAUCUGAAUUUGACGAAAAGAAACGCAGUUGUAGAAGAAGACUUUCUGAUCAUAAUGCUCGACGCAGGAAGCCACAGCAGGAAAUUCAGUAUAAUUCAAGGCUCUCAUCACCAUUCUAUGGAGGAAGGCAGCAAAUGAAUUUUAUGAUGAGCAAUUCUGCACUUGUACACUCUAGAGCUAUGGGUGAUGCAGCAUGGGAUAGCACCAAGUUCACCCUGACCAAAGGGUAUCAUCCUUUGAAGUCUAGUGGAGAUGGGGUUAGCAGCGAGCAGAUGCAUAUACCAGGAGCUAAACUUACACAUUUCACCAACAUGCAAAGCAGUGCAGCCAAAGGAUUUCCCACAUCAAAGAGCUCUGUGGCUGAUGUUUCAAAUCCAGGUUCGAAGUAUUCUCCCCACUUAGAUGCAGCACCCGAGUAUGGUCGUGCUCUCUCUCUUCUGUCAAGUAAUUCGUGGGCUCCAUGUGGAUCAGAAUCCAUGGCUUUGAAUCAAAUUCAAGAAAAUAAAACCUGCAUAAGUCAGCCUUUACCUACGAUGCAUGGAAUCCCAGAAGGGGUGCCCCUCUCUUCUUCAGAAUUGUGGCUGCAUCAGCCGCCUUCUGCUCAUCCUCCAUUGCCAGGCAACACUAACUUCCCGGAAAUCCAGCUAUUCAUAACACCAUAUGAGGAGACAGACUUAUAUUCCAACAUAAUGAACUGACUACCAUUCAAAAGCACAAUCUUGUUAUUUUGUAUUUUGAACGCUAGCUGCACAAGUGUCCUCCUUGUUAGUUGAUAAAUUUAUAAGGUUCUUGCCUUCCACAGCAUAUUCUGUUAGUGUGGAGCUAACGUUGCAAAUUUGUGUGUUCUUUGGAUAAUCAACCUUGUUUGUUUGGAGACA